AUGUAUCCAUUUCCUUUUUUUUUUUUAGGUGAGAAAAAUAUAAAAUCACGUCAAGGAUUACGCUGCAGUGUAUGUUACAACGUAUUUCCCACAAAAUACAAGUUGGUGUGUCACACGAGGGUUCACACGGGAGAAAAGCCCUUUCAGUGCGAGAUCUGCGGCAAUAAAUUCGGUCAGAAAGCGUAUUUAGUCAACCACCAGAGAGUUCACACGGGACUGAAGCCCUUCGAGUGUCGAGACUGCGGCCAGAAAUUCAGAGAUUCUCCCUCCCUGAGAAAGCAUCACCGCACUCACACCGGCGAGAAACCCUUCGAGUGCUCUGUCUGCUCGGCCAAGUUCAGUCGCAAGGAAAGCCUGAAGAUUCACUUACGAAGUCACACGGGCGACAGACCCUUCGUCUGUAACGUGUGCGGAAUGGCAUUUAUGAGCGGGUCUCACAGGAGAAGACACGAAUUGCGGCACGUGAAAAAAGAAAAGUGAAUUCCGAAAGAUCCGAAUUAAAUACUGAAUUAAAAUUUUAUAAUGUUCAUAUUCCUCUGUGUUAAGAAUUUCGAAAUAUUCUCCGCAUUGUAACAGACUUGGCUUUGAAGAAUACCAAUGUAAGUACACGGAAAAUAAGGUAGUACGUAAUAAAUAUUUCCCCUUUUAUCGUGCCACGUACUUAAUCAUCAUCCUACGAAACACAAUUUAAAAUACGACGUAAUAA